UGCUCUUUUGUCCUAAGAGAAAAGAAUAAGCUUCUUCCUUUUCACUUUCUCCAACAUCUCUUCCCUCUGCAAGUACAUAAACCAAAAUAAACAAAAUUAGCUUUUCUGUAAUAAUUGUUUUCUAUUUUCUUUUGUUUUGUGUCCUUUCCUCGUAAAACCCAUGACCCUUUUGCUUUAAUCUUCAAGAAACAUGCCUUCUUUUGCUUUUGGAUCUCCACAUCACCAUUUGGCGACUCUUAGAGACUCGCCGUACUCAGUCGAAAUUAGCAUCGACGGCGAGUCCUCCGACUUGGAAUCCUUGUCUGAAGUCGAUUUAGAGAGCGGUGGUGUGACGCGUCCAGUGAAGAAGCUACAUUCUGGUGGCGGUAAGAAGAGAAGGGCGAGGAGGAGAAAGAAAAAGAAGAAGAGGAAAGAAGGUAUAGAUUGCAGGAUCUGUCAUCUGCCUUUGGAGACUAACAAAGAAGAUGAAGAAGAAGAUAGUUCUGAUGAACAAGAAGAAGAAGAUGAUGUUGAAGAAGAGUAUUAUGGUUUGCCUUUGCAAUUGGGUUGCUUUUGUAAAGGUGAUUUGGGUGUAGCUCACAGUAAGUGUGCUGAAACUUGGUUCAAGAUUAAAGGAAACAUGACAUGUGAGAUAUGCGGUGCAAUGGCUAUAAACGUUGCUGGCGAACAGUCAAACCAAGAGAGCAAUGCCUCUGCCCAUUCACAAACAACUGCAGGACAAACUCAGACAGAGACACGGGGAACCUGGCAUGGUCGCCGUGUUAUGAACUUCUUACUUGCCGUUAUGAUCUUUGCCUUCAUUGUCUCUUGGCUUUUCCAUUUCAAAGUCCUGAAAUGAAACAAUUUCCUUCUCGCUCUCUCUUCUUCCCCUGUUCUUGAGCUGUUUGCUUUCGCUAAAUCGAUCCCUCCUGUCGCUUGAUUGUUCACACGUUUUGUAGCUGUAAAAACUUGGUAGUAGGUUUUUAGAUUGUUGUGACUUGUGAGCCUUACAUCUUGUAUAAUAUUCAUCUCUACUCCGGCU